AUGUCACCAGAUCUCCUAACCCUUCAUUCCUUGCCAUAUGAUGCACUUCCAAACCCACGCCAAGUUUGGAAUACUCCGGCAGGGUCACGCGAGGAGGGUCUCGGUCGUCUCAUCAUCUUGACGCCAGAAGUAGUCGCCUACGCUUCGAGGACUUGCAUCAAGACCGGCCGACGCACGACAUUGGGAUGGGAUUUAACUAAGCUCGAGAUCGCCAAUUUCGGACGACAGCCCACCCAGCAUCAUAUAGUGCCCCUUCUCAAUGGGCGUGCAUUUGACGAUGUCGUUAUAUUCAACCCACAACAGUCAUCUCAGUGGGAUGGUCUACGGCACUUCUCUGCUCCACAAGCCGGCACAACUGAGCACCAUUUUUAUGGAGGUGUGACGGCUUCAGAGAUUACUGAUCGUUCCAAUACUCGCAUAGGAAUUCAAGAAUGGGCUAGAGAAGGUAUUUGUGGUAGGGGCGUGCUACUUGACUACGUGCGCUACGCAACCAAGAAGAAUAUCCAGUACUCUACUUUCUCGGACCAUUCCAUUCCAUUGGCAGUUCUUAUCGAGAUCGCAGCAGAGCAGAAGGUCAAAUUCCGAAGGGGAGAUAUCCUCUUUGUACGCAUUGGAGUGACUCGAGAGUGGGACACCAUCAUGACACCAGAAGAUAAAUUGGCAUAUGCACUGAACAAAAGUCCCCAGCAUGCAGGAGUUGAAGGUACUGAAGAAAUGCUGCGAUGGAUAUGGGAUGAAGGUUUCUCAGCAGUCGCAGGUGAUGCCAUCAGCUUUGAAGUAUACCCGCCGCAGAAGUCUUAUAAACGGGAGGACGGAGGCGAAGUAGAUGGACGCUUUUUGCACGAAUAUCUAUUGGCAGGAUGGGGUAUGCCAAUUGGUGAAUUGUUUGACCUUGAGGAGUUAAGUCGAAUUUGCGAGGAAGAGCAGAGAUGGGAAUUCUUUCUCGCUAGUGCUCCAUUAAAACUGCCGGGUGGUGUCAGCAGUCCGCCUAAUUGUGUCGCAAUAUUCUGA